GACACAGACGACAGAUCAUAUCCACAAAGUGUGCGUUCUCUGGCAGGGAAAACAACAACAUUGAUAAUAAAGUUGUUAUUGAAUUUAGCGAUUUACAAGAUCUAUAAAUAAAGCUGCCAAGUAAUCAACCUUGUAAUCAUGGGACUGACGCGCGUGCUGGUUAAGGACGGUGGCUUUGGCACCCAAAUGACCGUCCAUGUGGGCAACUCCGUGGAUGGGGAUCCGCUGUGGAGUGCCCGUUUCAAUGCCACCGAUCCGGCAGCCAUCAUCAGCACUCACCUGGAUUUCCUGCAGAAUGGAGCCGACAUCAUACUGACAAACACCUAUCAGUCCAGUGUCGAGGGUUACAUGGAGUAUCUGGAACUGGAUGAGGAGCAGAGCAUCGAGCUGAUAAGGAACACGGUCCGGCUGGCUCAUAUAGCCAAGGAGCGUUAUCUGACGGAGUGUUAUCAGGCACAGCUGGCGGUGCCGGAGGGUUAUCCCCUGAUUAUCGCCUCCAUUGGACCCUAUGGCGCCCAUCUGCACGAUGGCUCCGAGUAUACCGGCAGCUAUGCUGACUAUGUGCCCGCCAAGGAGAUCACCGACUGGCAUCGCGUGCGUAUUGAGGCUUGCCUGGAGGCUGGAGUGGAUGCUCUGGCCAUUGAAACCAUUCCCUGCCUAAUGGAGGCCGAGGCCUUGGUGGAGAUGCUCUGCGAUGAUUAUCCCGAUGUCAAGUUCUGGGUUGCCUUCCAGUGCAAGGAUGAGAGCACCUUGGCUCAUGGCGAAACCUUUGCGGAGGCAGCCAAUGCCAUUUGGGAUCUGCUGGCGGAGAGAAAUGCCCAGGACAAGUGCCUGGCCAUUGGAGUAAACUGUGUCCACCCGAAAUUCGUGACUCCCUUGUUCAAAAGCCUCAAUGGAGAGCGCGGAGCGGAUGAGCAGAUUCCUCUGGUGGUUUAUCCCAACAGCGGAGAGGUCUACGACGUGGUCAACGGCUGGCAGGGAAGGGAGCACUGUGUUCCUUUGGCCAACUAUGUCCCAGAGUGGGCGGGGCUGGGAGCCAAGGUCAUUGGAGGAUGCUGUAGAACCUAUGCGAGAGAUAUCCGGCACAUUGGCGAGGCCAUCCGCAACUGGAACAAGGUGAACAAGCUGUCUUAGGGGGCGAGAUCAGCUGGCGAUCUCAGUAAAUCUGCGAAAGAGAACAAAAUGCAUUUCCAAAUUAGUCUUGUAAAUAAAUGUAAAUAGUUUUUAAGGUUUUAGUUGUACUUUAAAUAAAGAAAAGACAAAGAAAA